CAGUCGAAAUUGAUUCAAUGCCCUGGGAACUUCUGAAUUGACAUUUUUUUUUUGUGUUUAUGUUUUAUGAACAACAUGUAAAGAGCUAUAUCUUGCAAGCGCCAAUCAAAGAAAUGCCAAAUCGAAACUCUAGCAACUGUAGCAACAUUCGUAGAGUAGUCAAGUGCACGUUUAAAUACUUAAACACGCAUCCAAACACACAUAACCAACCAUCAAUGAGAGGUCAGUUUAUUCACAUAAAUAAUUCUACAAGUAAUUAUUUGGACUGCUUUCUGAACAAAGCAGCAUAAUACUUUUCAGCAAAUAAAUGUGAUAAAUCGGUUUCUUCCCUGCAGUGAAAAUGCUUCGAGCGAGACUUGGUGUAUCUUAACACCCACAUGCUGGAUUUCAUGGCUUAGCCUACAUUUUCCUUUAUGUUCUGGAGAGUCACAUAUAGAAUAUUCCGGCUUAGACUUAUAUCAGAAGGAAAAAUAAAAACACCGGGCAUGCAACGCACCAUUAGAUGUUUCUGCAGAUUAGGUAUGCAUCAAGGGACACUAUUAGUGUGCAGAAUUGAUUUGCUGUCAGUUUCUCAGCGGGGAUUGCUUUAUAGCUUUAUAGUGAUUGUGAUGAAAGCAAAAAGUAGCCACUCAAGUAUGAGUUUCAUUCACGUUAUUAAAUUAGGGGAAUUUCAUUCAACAUGUCUGAAAAGGAGUAGGAAGAAUCACCUCCUUCUCUGAGCUUGAGUAAUGACUUUUGGUGUGUUCACUUCCUGUGUUUAACUUGCUUACUUAUGACUAUUUUAGAACAACAAAAUGUAUUUUUAUUUUUUUAUGUGUUAUAAUCGGGGUUCAAAUCUCCAUUGGACAUCAAUUACAUGUGUGGGUUUUCUCCGUGUGCUCAGAUUUCCUCCCACAUUCCAUCCAGUCAACCAUUUUCAACAAACAACUGUGGAUACUAAGGGUAGUGUUAAAUAACAGUGUUUUUCUACCCUCUAGUGGUCGACAAAGGUAUAGCAGUGUUAAAUUGACCGGAAAUGACGUCAAUAUUUGACCUUCCGUUCAGUUCGUGUGUAACAUUUGACAGCAUUGGUUUGCCAUACAGGGGAGUGCUAAUAAACAUGCUAAUAUUCAUUAUAUGAAGAUUUCCGUCAUUCAGGGUGCUUCUAUCCUAAGCUGAGGGAACAAUGGUCAAGUAUUUCUGCUGCGCAGGUUUGCUAAAAACCUCCUGGGACCAAGUCUGUGUUGCUUUCUGGCAACGCUAUCCAAACCCUUACAGUAACCAUGUAUUGACUGAAGACAUCAUUUUCCGAGAGGUUACUCCAGCCAACUGCCUCAUUUCCAGACGUCUCUUGACCAAAACGAGCCGUGCGCCGCGUUGGAUGGAGCGCUACCUUCCAAAACACAUGGCUAGCUCAGCUUACAUCCUGGAGGACUCGAUAGUGGACCCUCAGAAAAGAACAAUGACCACGCUAACAUGGAACAUCAGCCACGCUCGUCUUAUGUCGGUGGAAGAGCGGUGUGAAUACAGAAUUAACCCCGAGAAUGGCAGCUGGACGGAAAUAAAAAGAGAGGCAUGGAUUUCUUCCAACGUGUAUGGACUCUCGAGAGCGAUUCAGGAAUUUGGUCUCGCAAGGUUUAAGACGAGUGUUACCAAGACCAUGAAGGGAUUUGAAUAUGUGCUGGCCAAAAUGCAAGGUGAAGCACCAUCAAGGAGUUUAGCCGAGGCGGCGACAGAGCGAGCGAGAGAGACGGCACUGGCAGCUAAAGAGAAAGCCAAAGACUUGGCGUCACACGCCCAGAAGAAACAAUACGUCUGAUCAACCCAUGCUUCCGUUGGUACCCAUUUAGGGACACGCUUGUCUUUAAAUCCUCUUCCCAGGUGAGUGAUGCAUUGUGGGGAGACAAAAAAAACGGACACUUCUGCGAGGAAGCAACCUGCUGAUCUGGCGGGAGGACCACAUUAAUGCCUCAGCUUCUUCACUCGGGUCAUUCUGAUCACGUUACUUUGACUGCAUAUCACUUUGCCACUUGGUGCAGUGUCAGAUCCUGCAAAGAACUUGUUUGGAAUUACAAUUUCUUGCCGUUCCUCUGACCUUCAUUCAACCUCUGUGCCCAACAAAUGUUAACUUUUUUAGUUUGUCAAACUAGCUCCAAUCAACAUUUCAGCAAUAUGUUUUAUGCAGAAUUAUGUCUGAUGUUUUUUUUAAUAAGCUACUAUAACCCUGAUUGUAAGUUCUUCACAAACAAUCCAAACUGAAAUUGAGCAUUCUGCCUCAUAUUGUACGUCAAAAAGCAAAUAUGAAUACAUGCUCUUUAUAUUA